CUCCAGCGAACCCUGUAAUUCUAUUCAUCUUCCCUCCGUCAAGGCGACGCGAUGCUCCGAAAUACCUUAGCACGUUCGGCUUGGCGGACGAGUCGGCGGGCCGUCAAUGUCUCGCGAACCUUCGCGACGACAAGCCAGCGCCCGGCCGAGGUGGAGUUGACAAUUGAUGGAAAGAAGGUCUCUAUUGAAGCUGGCUCUGCUCUUAUUCAAGCCUGCGAGAAGGCAGGUUCAACAGUUCCUCGAUACUGCUACCAUGAGAAGCUUAUGAUUGCCGGUAACUGCCGAAUGUGUCUGGUGGAGGUCGAGCGGGCACCGAAGCCCGUUGCCUCAUGUGCUUGGCCUGUACAGCCUGGUAUGGUUGUCAAGACUAACUCUCCCCUUACGCACAAAGCCCGUGAGGGUGUUAUGGAAUUCUUGCUGGCCAACCAUCCUCUCGACUGCCCCGUCUGUGAUCAGGGUGGUGAGUGUGAUCUUCAGGACCAGUCUAUGCGUUACGGAGCGGACCGAGGCCGAUUCCACGAGGUUGGCGGCAAGCGAGCUGUGGAGGAUAAGAACAUUGGUCCCCUGAUCAAGACUUCCAUGAACAGAUGUAUUCACUGCACCCGAUGUAUUCGAUUCUCCAACGAUAUUGCCGGUGCCCCGGAGAUGGGUUCCACCGGACGUGGUAACGAUAUCCAGAUUGGUACAUACCUCGAACAGAACCUGGACACCGAGUUGUCUGGUAACGUUAUCGACCUCUGCCCCGUUGGUGCCCUCACCUCCAAGCCUUAUGCUUUCCGAGCUCGUCCCUGGGAGCUGAAGCACACCGAAUCUAUCGACGUUCUUAACGGUCUCGGUUCCAACAUCCGUGUGGACUCCCGUGGCCUCGAGGUCAUGCGUAUUCUCCCCCGACUUAACGACGACGUAAACGAGGAGUGGAUCGACGAUAAGACUCGAUUUGCUUGUGACGGUCUCAAGACCCAACGACUUACUAUGCCUUUGGUCCGCCGCGAGGGUCGCUUCGAGCCUUCCGACUGGGAGGAGGCCCUCACCGAGAUUGGCCGUGCUUACCAAAUUAAGAACCCCCAGGGUAACGAGUUCAAGAUUAUUGCUGGUGCUUUAACUGAGGUCGAGUCUUUGGUCGUUGCCAAGGAUAUGGCCAACAAGCUUGGUUCUGACAACCUGGCUCUCGAUACCCCUACCGGCAGCCAGCCUCUCGCCCACGGUGUUGAUGUUCGAUCCAACUUCCUUUUCAACUCUCAGAUCUGGGGAAUUGAGGAGGCCGACGCUAUCCUGAUUGUUGGCAGCAACCCCCGACACGAGGCCGCCGUUCUCAACGCCCGUAUCCGAAAGCAGUGGCUCCGAUCCGACCUCGAGAUCGGCCUUGUUGGUGAGACAUUUGACUCUACCUUUGAGUUCGAGCACUUUGGUGCCGACCACGCUGCUCUCAAGACUGCCCUCUCCGGUCCUUUCGGCGAGACCCUGAAGAACGCCAAGCGACCUAUGAUCAUCGUCGGCUCUGGUGUCACUGAUCACGCUGAUGCCAAGGCUUACUACGAGACCAUUGGUACUUUUGUCGACAAGCACGCCUCUAACUUCCGAACUGAGGAGUGGCAAGGUUACAACGUCCUCCAGCGUGAGGCUUCUCGUGCUGGUGCUUUCGAGGUUGGCUUCACUACUCCCUCUGCUGAGGUUGCCCAGACCAAGCCCAAGUUCGUCUGGCUCCUUGGUGCCGACGAUGUCAAGGAGGCCGAUAUCCCCAAGGAUGCUUUCGUCGUUUACCAGGGUCACCACGGUGACAAGGGUGCUCAGAUCGCUGAUAUCGUUCUCCCUGGUGCUGCUUACACUGAGAAGGCCGGUACUUACAUUAACACCGAGGGUCGUGUCCAAAUGACCCGAGCUGCCACUUCUCUGCCUGGUGCCUCGCGAACUGACUGGAAGAUCCUCCGAGCUGCCAGUGAGUUCCUUGGCGCUCCCCUUCCUUACGAUGACGUCGCCAUGGUCCGAGACCGCAUGGUUGAGAUCAGCCCUGCUCUGGCCGCAUACGACGUUGUUGAGCCCGUCGCCCUCCCUGCCCUGAGCAAGGUUCAGCUUGUGGACCAGAACAAGGGUGCCAAGGUUACUGGAGCUCCCCUCAAGAAGGUUAUCGACAACUUUUACUUCACAGAUGUUAUCUCACGAAGCUCUCCCACAAUGGCUCGCUGCUCAGCGGCCAAGGCUACUGGCGAUGCCAGGACAAACUUUAUGGCUCCUGGUAUGGAGGAAGAUAAGCCUAUGGGUCAGGUCGAGUAUGGCGUAUAGGGCGGUGGUUGUAAAAGAAUAGAAAGAUCUGCUUUGUUUUAAUGCGUCUGGCAAGUUCGUAGUAUGUACAUAUUGGACGUCUGACAGAGGGCCUGAAGGUAGAUAAGUUGAAUACCUAAUUCCCUUCACUACGAUGUGCACUUCCACGGGCUUUGCCGUUUCACAUCGGUUUUCUCUUUCGAUUGAUGUUCGGAAGGAACAUGAACAUGUCCUUAUCGCAUGUUGCUUUGGAUGCUCCAUCGACGUACUUGACUGGUGAAAGCUGGGUUUCUGGUGCAGGUCCGUAAGUCUGUUCCUAGUUGGCUUUGCGAGCCUGCUCCUGUGCAAGUUGUUCUUUUUUAAUUUCUGCCUCGAUCCUUGCCCGAUGUGCAGCUAACUCUGCUUCCCGAAUUCCCGCCAUUUGGGCAGACCGCGCCACGAAAUCCAUCAUAGUGUUGGCCUGGAACUCGCGCAACGAUCGAUUUUGCCUUUCUGACUGUGUAAUUGAUGGUAUGUCAUGGUGGGAAUCCUGCGGUAGCCUGGCUUCCAUGUUUGCGAUCAUGUUGCUCAAAUGUUCGGGUUCAACGCCGCGUGGGAUGUCUGGUGCAGUUGUACCCUCUAUCUUGUCGAGGGCUUCAUAUCGUCGUCCAUCUUGAAGAAUGCGCUCGUGCUCGCGCAUGCACAGCGCGAGGAAGUUUUCGUUGGUGCUGAUGACGUGGGCAUCGAGACCUUCGAGCUCUGCUUGCAAAAGAUCAAGUUUGGUCGUUGAUGUGAUGUCGCACAGGGUUUCAUCUUUGCUUAUAGGACGGAAGAUGGCGGGCGCGACGUUCAGUAAUGGGGGAAUGAUUGCGAGGCCAUCCGGAUCAGGAACAUGCUUGGGAUAUUCCAAGCGACCCGGGCCUGAAACAGGACGGUCGGGUGGCUGAGCCAUAGUUAUAUUUAUGUAUCGACUAUGUAGCGCCUUGAAGAAACUAAUUCAUCAAAGCGUGGAUCAUUUGUGGCUGUAUGCAAUUGAUGCUACACAGCA